ACAAUUUCUCAAAUGUGAUUAGUUCACUAAAGCAGUAGUUUUGUUUCCUUUAUGUUGUGUAUUCUGUGAUCACUGAUUCCUCCACCCGCCGCCACCUCCUCCGACUCCAAAUCGGAAUGUUGUAAUCCUAUUCCUCAAACAUUUUUAAAUUUACAAAUAAUCAUAACAAUAAUAAUAAUAAAUUAGGGAGAAUAAACGUACCUUCCGUGCUGUUCACAUAUGAACCUAUAUCUAAGUAUUCAUUCUAUUUAUUAUUCUAUUAUGAUCGGAUUAAAACUUUUUUUAAUUUCAAUGUAUGUUUAAAAGGAUAUUUCUCAAAAUUGAAUGAUUUUUGAAAGAUUCAUAUAAGUGUACAUUAAACUCACCACUCUACUCAGUGAUUAUAUUUCUCGUUGACGCUUGCUUAUACACUGAAGUCGAAUAAACUGUGAGCAUACUUAAAGAUACAUUGGAUUUUGUCAAUUUCUCCUUGUUGCGUGUGUGUGUGUGUGCUUACUUGAGUCUUGUAACAUAUUUUUUGAGUCGAUUCAAAGAUAGAGUGGAAUUCCCUGAAUCAUGUAUGGAGCAACGACUGGAUCUAAAAAAGGCAAAAAUUUAACCUCCUACGCCUACAAAUGUCCUGAUCUACAAACAAAGCCGAUAUCUAUCAGUAAAUUGGAGGUGAUGACACAUUUUAGUCGGAAAGAACUACAGCUAUUGUAUCAAGGCUUUAAACAGAUUUGUCCGUCAGGCGUUGCAAAUAAAGAAUCAUUUGUAGGAAUUUAUCAAAGAUUUUUCCCUAAUCGAGCAUCCAGUGCAUAUGCUCAAUUAUGUUUUCGAGUUUUUGAUAAACGUCGAUCAGGCGAAUUAACAUUCGAGCAGUUUGCUUGUGGUCUAUCAAAAUUAACUAGAGGUUCAAAUAUGGAUAAAAUUAAAUGGAUAUUUUCACUAUAUGAUAUUGAUGAAGAUGGUUAUAUUAGUCGAUCCGAGUUGAAAGAAGUUGUACAAGCAGUUUAUGAAUUAUUAGGUGAUAAAUUAUUUACAGGGAAUACUGUACAAGCUAUUGAAGAUAGAGUGAAUGCAAUGUUUAUGAAAUAUGAUCUUGAUCAAGAUGGCAGAAUAUCAAAAGAUGAAUUUCUCAGUGUUACUACACAGGAUCCUGAAUUUAUGGCCAACUUGAGUCUUUUUGAUACAGUGACAUAGUGUGGGAAGUUGAAGCAGAAAAAGAAGAGAGCUUACUGAUUUUGUACUUUUCUCACCUGGUGUUAUUUUCAUCACAAAAUCACUCUUGAGUGAAUGUUUGUUGUAAAUCAAUGAAAUUAUCCCAAACAAAAAUGGCCAGGGAACUGAUAAAUCCUAGUUGAUACACUCAGAUCCCUUGACAUACAAAGAAAUAAUGAGUUUGUUAUUGUCAGAAGAAUUUCAUGAAUAAAUACGUAAUUGAAGUA